UCGAAGAGCUAACCGCGGUUAGCGUUGGCCAAAGUCCCUAGUAGGUACCGAAAGUACCUAGUUGUACCUACGUUGUACCUACUACGAAACUUUAAUGGCUGGACAUAAAACAAAUCCGUCCUUUAUUAUUGGGCUGGAGCCUGCGCCACCUUGUGCUGAAAAAAAUAAAUCGUUAUUUUUUUAUGAUACAACGUUUGCUUUAUGGGAACCGUUUUCGGCUAAAUCUAGUUGUAACUUGCAAGAAACGUUUGCUCAAUUGAAAAGAAAAAGGAUAGUUUCUUUUUUGCAUCGAAAUUCUUUCUUUCGAAGUGUGGAAGCGUAGACAAGACACCUAGUCAAAGUGCUUUGCAGUUUUCUGUUGUCGUGUUUUGCAAAAAGCAAGUGCGUCGACCGUCGCUUCCAAGUCUGGCAACGCCGUGUGUGCCGUGUCGCGUGCACGGCGUUUGUUUAUACAACCAGUUUCGCCUCGUUGCACGCAACGCGCGUUUCUCGUUUUCGGUUAUCAUCUGAGUUUUCCUGUCUGUAUUCUGCCCUUCGACCGACCGACCCACCGACAAACCCUCCGACCGGCCACGGACUGACUGAUAAGAUUUGCGGACCGAUUUCCGACUUUGCUACCGGGCAGAAUGUCCAACGCAAGGAAUCGCCGACACAGAAGAGACCGCACGGACGCGCAGUACGCAGCGGCAAUGAUGAGGCGACAGCGUGUGCUGCGGGACCGCCUGAACCCCUUUGAGGAUUUCGACGAGGAUGGGCUGCAGCAACGGUUCCGAUUUGGAAGAGCGGGCAUAAUGUUUCUCGCCGACACACUGCGUCCGGACUUGGAGCGCCGUACACGUCGUAGCCGCGCCCUCUCUGCGGAGCAGCAAGUGAUCAUCGCCUUGCAGUUCUACGCAACUGGGAACUUUCUGAUCACUGCAGGCGACUACAUCCGCGUGCAUGUGUCAAGUGCUUCACGGGCUGUGAGGCAAGUCACCGUAGCGCUGGCUCGUCGAGCACAAGACUUCAUACGAUGGCCUGACGCUGCGGAGGGGGCAGCCUUGCAGCACAAGUUCUACGACAUGGCCGGCUUUCCUUUGGUCGUGGGUGCUGUUGACGGUACCCAUGUCCGGAUCCAGGCACCCCAUGUGCACGAGGAGGCGUACGUCAACCGCCAUGGAUACCAUUCCAUCAACGUACAGGUGGUCGUUGACGCCUCUUCUCGGAUUCGCAACGUGGUUGCAAGGUGGCCUGGAAGCACCCACGACUCUCGGAUCUUCACGGAGAGCACCUUGGCAGUCAAGCUGGCCAGUGGAGAGUACGACGGCCUGCUGCUUGGUGACAGCGGCUACUCCUGUCAACCUUGGCUGAUGACGCCAUUCCUGUCGCCGUCAUCAGCAGCCGAGGUCGCAUACAAUACGGCACACACGACGACAAGAAGCAUUGUUGAACGGACAAUCGGCCAACUCAAGCGGAGGUUCCAUUGCCUUCACGCUGAGCUCCGAAUGGCUCCAGAACGGUGCUGCGACAUCAUUGUCGCGUGCUGUGCCCUCCACAACCUGGCCAAGAGGUACCCCUGCAGGACACCCGUGGCCGCCAUCCCCGCUGAGGUUCCCGUUGAGCCCGUAGCAGCCAACCGUGCUGAGAGCAACGAGGCCCGAGACUUUAUUGUCAACCAUUUCUUCGGCUAAGUAUCCUGCUGUCGCUCGGCCCUUCUCUGGUACUGCUGUGCAGCCUCACGGGUCCAGCGCUGGUUGUGCUGCACAACAGGAGAGGCCAGUGUUCUCUGUGCUGCGUCGUCUUCAACUGUACUGCUGCCAGAUGACGAGGGUGGCGGCGUCGUCACCCUUCCCGUGCAGCUGCUGUAGUGACACGCAUGACCAGGAAAUUGUUUGAGGUUAAAGGGAUACUACAACAAAAUUUCGGGUUUCAUUUUUUGGUCUAUAUGUGUUCGAAGGAGCAGUAUCACAUCGAACACAACAAUAUCUUGUUAAAAAAGUCACGAAAAGGAAUUUUAAAACGAAUUAAGCGAUUGGCAAAGAGCACCAGGUGGAUGUCGCUAACGCCUCGUUUGUAAUGCCAGUCUAAGAACCUUGACAGCUAGUGACGGUAACUGUCUCGCCUCCGGCUACCACAAUAGAAGAGGGGAAGGAGGAACUCUCCUCUUCCAAAGAAUCCUUUUUGUAUGUCCCAGAAGUUGCUAUUGUCCCCCUACAAGAUUAUAAAAGAUUAACCCUUCACUCAAAAUUCGUACAAAAGCAGCCGCUUUGGUGGCUGGAACGACUAGGCCAUCCUCUCGACGUCAGCCUCGUCGCAGCUUUGCUCGUCCCGAGACGAACUACGUCACGAUUGCGUUGGGUGUCACAUGCUCUCCGCUGGCUGUUCUCCGAGCGCUUGUCAGGGUGGGCCGUUUGUAAGGAAAACUAUAGCCACCAGGUUCAAAAUACAAACGUGCGAUUGUCAUUUAGGGAUACAGUGGAUCAUAUUCAACCUAUUUUUGAACACGACGGGUAUAUUUUUAAUUUCGUUGAGGUAUCCCUUUAACGCAUAAGCCUUUACAACGAUUAUCAGCAAACUUAAAAACCCAGGUCACUGACUGGCUGUGGAUGGCAGCCCGAGGUACAAUAUUGUCCUGCAUAAAGUUAAUGCUCGGGACGUGUUCCGAGCAUGCGCAGUGAGAAAAAUGGCAGCUCACAGAGGGCUAUUGUUGGGCAGGAGUGAACUUGUAAAUUUCAGCAUAACUUAGCAAACUGCAAGGGCUACAGCUCCAGAGAGCUGCUCAGAGCAUUGAAGCAAAGGAUUGUGACUAGACACCAUACUCGUGCACGUACGUCCUCCGUGACAUGAUUCUCUCCGUCCUCUAUCUCUCCAAGUGAUGCAUGAGGGCUGCAGUGCAUGACAUUUUUGACGUCACCCUGGAUCAGGGUACAUAUAUAUGUGGGAGAACUGAGUGCAACGUGCGGCAACCUUAAUCCAGAUGUGACAGUAACACUUGUCAUAAUUUUACCACAUAUGUUGGUGGUACAACAGACUGGAGUGCCUAACCCCGCAACUUUGUUUCAUUGGCGGUUGGUAGAGUCGCCACAUAGACAUUUGUACAAGAUUUAAAACAAGUAGAUGUGGCACACUCACACCAGCCGUCAUAUGUGAUUAUUGUGUACCCAAGCACUGUCCGGCUAACUGGGACAUUGAUACUUUUUCAGAUUUUGUUGGCACAGAUCAGCAUCGAAUAAGUCAUUGGUGCAUUCUCAACUUAAUCUCAUAAGCGUUACCAAAAAAGAAUGGAUUUUUGCUACGUUAGCAGGCAUGUACGAAGAUCAUGCAAAAACAUUUCCACUGACAGUGGAAAAAUUUGGGUAUUGAGUGACCUGACUUUGAAGAAAAUAGGUGAUCUCAACUUGAGAGAAAGACUACCAUAGCUUUGUUGAUUAUGAUGUAAAUAUUUCUUUGUAAUUUUGUGGUACAAAUAGUUUCAAACUGUGAGUUUUACUGCAUUUACCCUAAUAAAUGGUUUCAUUGGCACUUUUUCAGCAGUGCAGAAAUGGCUAAAUAUGUGAAGGUGGUGUCCUUGUGCUGUGUUCUGUUCUCUACUGGACAGGUUUUGACUCGUGCUCCUAAUAUUGUCGUUUUGCUUCAUGAAGUUGGUCUCUAUGUAAGGGCACGCAGCAGUAGUGUUAUGCAACUGACAUGUCUACUUUGAGAUGGAAAACCAAUAUAUUCUUUUAUGACAAUCCAAACUGUUCCCUAUGCUCAUCAAUGUUUUCUAGGAGCAUGCCAACAAUUGGUGACUUUUGAUAUGCCUUGUGUCUCUGCUCAGUUUCAUACCUAUCAUCAGUGACAGCAGAACAUCCCUAUCAUCAGUUUCAUAACUAUCAUCUUGUGGAAGUACUCAUAAUGUGACGAGCAGAACAGAAAAAGAAUGCACCUUCAGCGCGUGCUCAUUCUCUUCUGCUGCUUGUGCAUCCUUGUGCUGUCAGGGCUAGUAAGCUGUAACUGGGUGCAGAGCUUCCACUGUACUAUCGCCUCCAUUGUCACAGUCUACAUACAGUGUGCAACGAUAUCAAACUUGUAGGCGUAAGGGUGGGCCAUUCAAUUAGCACAAGUAAGGUGAUUGACGAAGCCACGUGCUCAUACCUACAACUUUAGUAUUGUAAUGUAUAAAGUAUCAACAGGAGCAUAGCAUACACAGCAUGGCCUAUAAAGUGUUACCUACUUUUCGGUGUCACCGAUGAUGACGUCAAUCCCACAGAUCGUCGGGGAAUCGUCCCCGAUCACAUUUAAAACAGUCUCGACAAGUGGUGUCAGCUGAUGGGGGUUGGGACCAGCACCUAUGAAUUGAAGUACACUUAUUUUGUUUUCUAGGAUGUAAGCACAAUUAGAGGUGGGGGAGGGGAGACAGGGUGUUCAUUAUUCAACAUAGUAUCAAUGUGCGAAUGAACAGAAAACGCGUAAACAUGUAAUUGCCAAUAAUGAUAAGAUUGUUUUCUUACCUUCGUUUUUUUUUUCACCCUCAGGUUCCUAUUAUCCGGUCUCGGGUAAUAUGUGAUGUUGGACAAUUUAUUUCUUUUUUUUUUUUGUUUGACAGCAAACUCACUGUUGCCAGCUACCGGCUAGCCUGGCCCACUCUGUGCCUGAAUCGGUUGCGUCGGAAGUGUUUGAAACGUGGAGGGGCGACGGAGCCUCUGAGCUUAACCCCGCCCCCUUUUGCAGCAUUGUUUACCGCAGCUGUCUGAAAUUUCAAGGGGGGGGGGGGGAAGGGGAAGGGGGUCUGAAGCCCCCCUGCCCUUGUUCCCACGCUACUUGCCUACAUACAUUUUUCUUCUGUGUUUAGUUGAACAAUAGUGUCUACAUUGUUUACAGUGCUAAAGACAAUGUUUUUGGCAAGCAAAAUUUGGACAUUAAUUUUGAGAAAUUACGCAGGCCCACUGCAUGGAACAGGAUCCAAGGUGCUUUGGGGCUAUUUCUGUGUUAGUGCCACUGUGUUGAAACUUGUGCGAGUAAGAGCUAAUUAAUCUUUGGGCUUGCCCUCUCAUGAUAUUGAGCGAGAUGUUAGUUGUCGCGCAUUGAAUGGGGUCUUCGGUUGAGAUAUUUGCCCCAAAAAUUUGAGGGGCUAAUAUAUCACUCUCUAAUAAAUUUGUACAGUGCACCCAAAGUUUCCAAUAAAGAUUUUACAAAUAUC